AUGGAAGGGCGCAGCCGUGAGGGAUCCCUCCGCCGCACGAUGGCGGAGUAUGGCGAGGUGCUUGACUUGGACGAGCGAAAACCGGGGAGUGGGAAUUGGCUGGAUGCGAAUGCAUCACAGGGGGGGGAGGACGGGCAGUUCGCCAAUUCGUUUCUGUAUCUGGAACAGGCAAGUCGGAUGGACAUUCCUUAUGGGCUGGCGGGAGGGUCUGGCGACUUCCCCCCCUCGGACUUCAACCCCGACCACCUGCUGAACGCCGGCCUCUCGAACGACUUUCUGGGGGGGCUUGAACCGCUGCAAAUCCUCCCCCCCAGCACAGACGCGCACGAGGCCGGGGGUCUGCUCCACAGCAACAGCUGGCGGGGCAUUGCGGACUAUUACGUCAACAACCAAGGGGAGCAAGUCGAGCCCCUCCCUGAAAGAUACGUCCUCCCGCAAUGGGUCAAAGACUUGCGCAUCGGGCCGGGAGCAGUGCCGACGGUAAACCUAAAACCUCCCGGGGGGGUGCUUCUCAAGGGGCUGGGCACCCCCCUGCCGCCGUCCCCGCGGUCGAUCAGAGCAGCGGUGCUGGGCCUUCCUGACCUCAGGGGUGACGUCACGCCGUGGGGGGCCGAGGCGUUUGGUGGGGGGGAGGGAGAUUGGAGGACUCGCGGCGCAGCGGCACGCGUAGGGGGGGGGGACGGAGCGCAGAGGAGAGAAGAGGACGGGGCUGCAGCUGGCACCCCCCUGCCUUGGGCGAGCAGCCCGUAUUAUCCGGCGAGCACCCCGGGGCGCAAGCUCCUGAGCCCCACGAAUCACAGCGCAGCAGAGCGGAGGCGACGAGAUCGAAUCAACGACCGCUUCGACAUCCUCCGGCGACUCAUACCGGGCACUCAGAAGGCCGACAAGGCGACCGUGCUCAAGGCGGUGAUAGACUACGUGAGUCGCCUCCAAGCGGCCGGGGCGGACAAUCUGCUGCAGAAGGAGGCUACCGACGAGCAGACCGCCAGCCACCCGCAGCAGCAGGCUGCCAUGUCGGAAGUCUACACCCCGACCGUGUCUGCCCGCAGCCCGGGCUGGUUGUCUGAAGAAGAGGAAGCGACCUCUCUUCAGGAUAAGAUUGCUGUGGACGUCCGCGAUCAGUCAUACGUCGUCCGGAUCACGUGCCCGACACGCGGCGGGCUGCUGUUUGACGUCAUCGCCACGCUCAAGCAGCUCGGCCUUGAGGUGACGGACGGCGAGCUAUCGUCCUGCCGCGGCCGCGUGUUGCACGUGUUCUACGUCCCCAUCAGAAACGUCAGCAAGGAGGUCAUCAAGGCCAAACUCGAGGCCGCUGUGUUCCCGGGCCGGCACCAGGCGGUGAGCAGCCCCCCCCGACUGACCGCCCAGCUAGGGCUCCCCAAGAAAGAGGCCCUGGUUCUUCCUCACGAGCCCCCGGUGCAACUGCAUCUGCCGCCAAAGACGCAGAGGCGGGUCGGGGCGCAGGGGACGACAAAUCGGAAGCGGAGACUGAGUGGGGGCCAGUAG